AAAUGUAUGCAAGGAAUAUACGUUUAGGUCUGUUUAUGCGGAAUCUGUGCAAAAUUUAAGGGGACAACUCAAUUUCAAAGACUUUGACAUAGCUUCUGGCUUUACUAUAAUAAGAUUUUCAGGUGGAAAUUGGACUAUGAGGAAACAAUAUAUUCAGUGGGUUUCCUUCUUUGCUAUACAGACAUUUAUUAUUUUUGCCUACUUCACGUUCACUGACACCAGAUCUAACAUUCAAUCGCAGUUCAUCAAAAGCCAAACUUACUCCAAAGUGGAAAAUGAAAAAAAAAAUCUAAUCCUUUUGUGGACUUGGCCAUUUGGUAAACAGUUUCCACUAAAUCAGUGCCUAGAAUCUUCAUAUGGCAGUAGUUGUACAUUUACAAGUAACCGAAGUUAUUAUCAUUUGGCAGAUGCUGUGGUCAUCCAUCAUAGGGAUGUGAGCACCUCUAUGGACCUGUUGCCCCAGAUCCCAAGACCAACAACGCAGUACUGGGUUUGGUUCAACCUAGAGCCUCCAAACAACUGCCCUAACCUGAAGAUGAUGGACAACCUAUUCAACCUCACUAUGACUUAUCGGGCAGACUCUGAUAUUUUUACUCCUUAUGGUUGGCUAGAGAGACAUGAUGGAACUGGAAGCAUCAGCAUACCUACAAAAUCCAAGCUUUUGGCUUGGGUUGUGAGCAACUGGGACCCACAGUAUGAAAGAACUAAAUACUUUGAAGAUCUGAAACAUUACAUAGACAUUGAUGUAUAUGGAAAAUAUAAUAUGUCAUUGUCAGUAUCUAAUCAAACUCUUACAUUGUCCAAAUACAAGUUCUAUCUCGCUUUUGAAAGUUCUGGGAAUACUGAUUAUAUUACAGAAAAGCUCUGGAACAAUGCUUUUCUUUCAGGGACUGUACCUAUUGUAAUGGGACCUCCCCGUGAAAACUAUGAACGUUUUAUACCGAAAGAUUCAUUUAUUCAUGUAAAUGACUUUUCUAAUGCCCAGGAGUUAGCUGCUUACAUUCUGGAACUAGACAAAGAUGACAAAAGGUAUCAAGAGUAUUUCAGGUGGAGAGAUGUGUUUCAACCUCGUCGAUCCAACGACUGGAACAUAUACUACUGCAAAGCUUGCAAAGUGUUAAAGGAUGCUCCAUCAUAUAGAACCAUGCCCAAUUUGGAUGAAUGGUUCCGAAAGUGAUUUUAUAAGUAAUGUAAAAAAAAGUUAAUCAUUUGAUACUCAAUCAACAAGACUAAAACUGUCACGAAUUAGGAGAAACACGUAUAAUUAGAAAUUGAACUAGUGUGGCAUAUUUCAGAUUCUGAAGAAGAAAACAGUAGUAUUUAAAGACGUGUGGCAUAAUAGAUCCACGCAUAUUAGAUAGACAGUGGUUCAACCCCAUAUGGUCGACAUGAAAAAGGACUACAGGAUCAAAAGGUCGACAGAGUCAAAAGUCUGUCAGUGAAAUGUGGACUGUAUCUAAGGUUGACAGGGACAAAUUCAUCAGGGUUAAAAGGUCGACAUGGGAAUGGUCAACACAAAAAAGGUCAACACACAUUUUUUUAUGUUUAUUGGAAAAAAUGUGUCCAUUUCACAGUCUGUGACCAUGAUUAAUGCAAACGUAGAUGCUCCCCAUGUUUCGGGCAAGGUACUAUUCCCAAUUGUAGUCCACAUGAAAGAUAAAUGAAGCAAAAGCUUAAAAAAAUGAAAAAAAAUCCAAAAACACUUGUGUCAAACAUUGUCAUGUCAAUCUUUUGAUCCUGUCGACCAUGAGCACAGUUGGACCCCUGCAUUUACUAUUGGUCUGUCAUCUUGCCACCGUUGUUUGCUCAUUACAUCAGCUAAUUAAGGAUCGGAGAGGAGAGAGACCACGCUACGGUGCCUGCAGACGGCACACAGAAGUGAGGACUCACAGAGCCUGGAGAUCAGGUGCUUUCAACAAACAGGCGCCAGCAUUGGUGCCGGAUCCCGCAGCCAGAGACCGCCUCGUUGCACACUGGGUCUCUCCGUGCCGUCAUCGAUGAUAAAAGCCGCAUGUAAGGCUUCACUGCGGAGCGCUGUCACUCAUUACAAAUUUCAUUAAUAGGUGGCAAGAUUAACUGGAACUCUAGACACAUAGUAACUAUCCAGGAAUCUUGAGUGUUACACAGGUUCUCACUACAGCUGGGAUUGAUUAUAUCAGCGGACCUGUGUCUGUGGACUGAGUUACAACUAUAGUUCAGCAUUAUACCAUUCUGUGCACAGAAACAUUUUAGGUUCCACCUCCUUUGAAUGUUUAAUAUAAUACAUUUGAUUUUAUGAUGUUAUGCAUAAG